AACCCACUUGAUUGCUGCACCUUCCUCCUCAUGAAUUCUUUCUCUCUCUCUCUCUCUAUCUCUUAACUUCAAUCCUAAGUAUGAUUAAUGAUUUAGCUCUCUCCUCUCUUUAAAUGAACACAAUUAGUUUGUGUUACUCCCUCUUCACCCCACAAACACACACAAUAAUAAAAAAAAUGAAAACGUUUAAAUGACACAAACACUCAAGGUAAUAUUUCACGCUAUAUAGAGACACUCACAACUUCAUACUUCACACUAUUAUUCUUCCUCCAUAAAACACACCAACUUAACAAACAUUACCAUUCUCACACAAAUGGGUCGCCAUUCCUGUUGUUUAAAACAAAAAUUAAGAAAAGGUUUAUGGUCCCUUGAAGAAGAUGAAAAGCUAUUCAAUCAUAUUACUAGAUUUGGUGUUGGAUGCUGGAGUUCUGUUCCUAAACAAGCUGGACUUCAAAGAUGUGGAAAGAGUUGUAGAUUGAGAUGGAUAAACUAUUUGAGGCCUGAUUUAAAGAGAGGAAUGUUUUCACAACAUGAAGAGGAUCUUAUAAUUAGUCUUCAUGAAGUCCUUGGAAAUAGAUGGGCUCAAAUAGCAGCACAGUUACCGGGGAGAACAGAUAAUGAAAUAAAAAACUUCUGGAAUUCAUGUUUAAAGAAGAAGCUUCUAAAGCAAGGGAUUGAUCCAACAACACACAAGGCUAUUACUGAAACAUGUAUUAAGGAAGAAAACAAAAGUCCAGAAGCAACAACACCUAUUCAAAUACCAUCAGCUACAUCACAAGGUUCAACAUUUCUAAUAAGUGAUUCAAAUUACUAUGAUAAUAACAGCAUAAUAACAGAAGCUUCAAGAGAAAUUUUCACUACCAAAUCAGCAUUGGAUCCUUUGUUCUGCUAUGAUUUCCAAUCUGGUUACAAUUUACCUCUGAGUCAUUAUCAGAACCAAUUUGGAGUUAAUUCAAGCUAUGGAUUCACAUCAAUGCCAAGCCUAACGAAUUCGGAUCACGGUAACUUGUCGGUGACCGAGUUUUCAGACAACAAUUCAGCUUCCAAAAUAAGUUCAUUGUUCAUGAAUGAACAAGUGAAAGAAAGUUCAAGUAAUAAUAGUUCAAACAUGAGUACUAUUUAUCCAUCUCAGAUGAGAAAUGUGAUGGAAAAUAAUAAUGCAGGAUUUUCUUGGGAUGGAGAUAACAAAUUGGAUCCUUUGUUUCAUUUUCAACAAGUCAAUGGCAUUAAAUCUGAAGAAUUUGGAACAAGUUCAUGGGAAGAAGGACAACUUCAAACUCAUAAUUCAAUAGAUUUCACUAGCUAUCCUUUAACAUCACUUUCAGAAGAUUUAACACAAGCAAAUUUUGAUGUGUUCCAUCAUAUAUGAAUUGAACUGUAAAUUACUAAAUUCUUUCUUUCUUUCUUUUGAUUUAUUUUGAACUAUUUGUAUUGUUCAAAGUAGGAAAUAUAGAAAGGUGUUGAUAGUAUAGGAGAUUUCUAGCUUAAGGAUUUGAGAUGAAAUUGAUAUUUGAGAUAUUUUAUUUUCUAUUGAUGUAUCUGUUUUCAUAAGCCAAAGUUUGGAUAACGGUAUAUUCUUGAAGAUUAAUGAUUGAAGCUAAUUUUGUUUUGUGA